AUGAUGAAGCUUAAGUUCUCUUACUUUUCUGGAUACUGUGGAUACUUUCUGUUUCUGCAAGUGAUGAUGUCUUCAGAGAAACCGAUGGUAACUACUCCCACAAGACAUGUGCUAGCUAGAGUAGGAGGCCAGGCUGAGCUCAGCUGCCAGGUGUCCCCACCACACAGUGUGGAGUACAUGGAGGUGCGCUGGUUCAGGAGUGGCCGUUCUCAACCUGUUUACCUGAACAGAGGUGGCCAUGGAGUGAAUGGAGAAGCUGCACCCGAAUAUGUGAAUCGCAUAGAGUUUGUGAAAGAAGCCAUUGGGAAGGGCAGAGUGGCCCUCAGAAUUCACAAUAUCAGCGUUUCUGAUGAUGGGCUUUACCAAUGUUCAUUUAGUGAUGAUAGUGGCUUCAGUGACGUGGCCAGCAUGAACCUCAGUGUAACUGCAGUUGGAUUGGAGACACAGAUCCAUGUUCAGGCUCCUGAUGCUCAUGGAGUCAUGGUGGAGUGUAACUCAGGAGGGUGGUUCCCACAGCCCCAAAUGGAGUGGAGAGACAGCAGGGGGAAAGCACUUCCACCAUCAUCAAAAUCAUAUUCACAGGAUGAAGCCAGAUUUUUCCACAUGAAGAUGACUCUUCUCACAAACCGGUCACAGGGCAGUAUCAUAUGCUGUAUUUUCAACCCUGUAACAGGUGAAGAGAAGCAAACAAGUAUCAUCCUAGCAAAUGACCUCUUUAAUCAAGACGGCAUUUGGAUGAAUUUUUUAGUUUCCAUUGCAUGUACAAUGCUCUUUUUAUUUGUGAUGUACUUCUGCUUUUACAAAAGUUCAGAGCAUGAAUUUGGAUGGCUACAUAGAUGUCUCUCUGUGUUGAACUCAUGGCCUAUUCAAAUACUGAGUUUCUUAGCCUGUGCUAUAGUACUCUUUGCUGUGUAUCUACCAUUCCGGAUCAGAGUCUCUCUUUCAGAUCCUCAGUUUCCCUUAUACAACUCCUGGAUAAAUGAAUUGAUAUCUGUGAUAAUUUUCCUGCUGAUAUUUUUCGUCUUACCAAUCAUUGUUUUAAUAUUGAUACAACUUGCACAUUUCCACCACAUCCCCACGGAGAGGAACAAGAAGAAUAUCUUGGACAGCAAAACUGUUCAUGAGGCCUCAACCCUACACAAAGAACUGUAGGGAACAAAGAAAAGCUGGGAACAGGAGAAGUGA